GGAGUCCCAUAACAAUAGAAGAAGAGCUUAUCUGACUCUUGGCUACUGGAUCCUGUCGGAACCUGGCGCUUUCUGUACUGCUGAUUGAAUAACCCGAAUAAAGGCCAUCUCAACUGCAGCUGGGGGUGUCGACGCCCUUUUAUAAGAAUCACACAGGAAACCCAGUGCCGGAAGACAAGGACGUUUUAUAUGCAAAGGUUGAGUGUUGCAAUAUUUUCCUCCAAAAAAGCCACUGGACAAAGCCAAGGAGAUGUUGUCCAGGCAGGGACCCAUUUUCCUGCUCACCUGCUUGACAGUAAUGGCUGUCUCUUCUGUGGCUUUUAACAUUGAUGUGGUAAACCCUUCAAUCUACAAAGGAGAACAGGCUUUAUUUGGAUACAAAGUCCUGCAAUUCAGUUCUGACAAAGAGAAAGGGGUAAUGGUCAGUGCACCUUAUCAGAAGAAUGGAUCUGGAGGCGUCUGCAGAUGUGUUCAAGACCAAAUGAAAUGUUUAGAUAUUCAAGGAAGUAACACCACCAAGUACAAAGGAUUGUCUUUGGCUGGACCAUCGUCUCCAGAAUAUUCUGGUCCUCCCAUGUUUACUGCCUGCACCCCGGGCCUGUCACACGAGUGUGAUGGGAACUCAUAUCUGAACAGCAUCUGCUAUCAGUUCAACACCCAGUUGGAUAACAUCUCUGAAUUCAAACCGAACUUCCAAGAAUGUACUAAGAAAAUAGUGAACCUUGUUUUCCUCUUUGACGGAUCAUUAAGCAUGACACCGACUGAUUUUGAACAGAACAAAAGAUUUAUAGAGGAUAUCAUGACAACCCUUAAGAACACCUCAAUUGAGUUUGCAGCGGUUCAGUUCUCAUCAAAUACUAGGACUGUCUUCAACUUCAAUGACUACCAAGCAGGGACGGCUUUGGACAAGCUAUGGAAUGAACAGCACAUGAGUGAACUAACCAACACACAUAAGGCGAUUCACUUUGUCUUGGAGAAUAUUUUUGAAAACCCAACUGCUGGUGCCACUCCAGAUGCAACUAAAGUAAUAGUCCUAAUCACUGACGGAAAUUCUAGUGACACUGACAGAAAGGAUUCUAUCAAAAGAAGUAAUGAGAAAAACAUUUUCCGCUUAAUCAUUGGGGUCAAGAAUGUUGAUAUUAAAAAACUCCAAUCCCUGGCAUCAGAUCCAAAAGAGAACAACACUUUCCACAUCCAGAAUUACAACAGACUUACUGGAAUCUUAGAAAACUUUCAAAAAAAGAUUUUCAACAUUGAAGGUUCCAAGACUGAAAACUUGACUAAAGAGAUGUCACAGACUGGGUUCAGUGCUGUGUAUUAUAAAAACACUUUGUUUUUGGGCUCAGUGGGAUCAAAUCACUGGCGUGGAUCUCUCUAUGAGACUGUUGGUCCAAAAUCAGAGGAAAGGGAAAUUCAGGACCCCAUAUUGGACAACUACUCCUAUAUGGGAUACUCUGUUGAGGUUGGGAAUAAAAAUAAGAACCUUCUAUAUUUUACCGGAGCACCAAGAUCUGAACACACAGGAAAGGUGCUGGUAUUCAGGAAUGUGAAAGCAACAAUUGCUGGAGAACAGAUUGGCUCCUACUUUGGGGCAGAGCUGUGUUCUAUAGACAUUGACUCAGAUGGCAACACAGACUUCCUUCUGGUCGGGGCACCACUGUUUCACCAACCUCAGAGAGAGGGCAAGAUCUAUGUCUACAGGCUGACUGACAAGCUGGAAUUGAGUCUGGAGAUGAAUGUUUCAGUGCCAUCUAGGGGCAGAUUUGGCUCCUCCAUCUCCUCUCUCUUAGACCUUAAUGGAGAUGGGUUGAAGGAUGUGGCGGUGGGCGCUCCUCUUGAGGACAAUCAUAGUGGAGCUGUGUACAUCUACCUGGGUGAAAAGAUCAUGGGAAUCCGCCCUAAAUUCAGCCAGCGCAUCUCAGCCAGUAUGAUGACAUCUCAGAAGAUGCCAUCUAAUCUUCAGUUCUUUGGCCAGACGAUUGAUGGGAAGAUGGACCUGGGUGAAGAUGGACUGACUGACAUUGUAGUCGGAGCACGUGGAGCGAUUUUUGUCUUGAGGUCCAGGCCAGUCAUCACCGUCUCUGCUAAGAUCUACUUCCAUCCAUCGGAGAUCAGCACCUAUAACUUUGACUGUCUGGCAAAAGACGAUACCAUUUUCAAUGUGUUCACUUUAACGGUUUGCUUUAACAAAGCGGAAGCCACACAUAGUAAAACUGGGGCGCUGAGCGCAGGGAUGAACGUCUCCUACGUGCUGAACGUAGAUCCAAUGAGGCAGAGGAGCCGAGCCUUCUACAGUGACAAAGAUAAAGAGAUUAGAAUUCUUGGCUCAACUGUGAAGCUGAGAAAUGCACAGACCUGCUUCAACCACUCCGUCUACAUGACAGCCUGUGUGAUAGACAUACUAUCACCUAUAAUUGUCAAACUGCAUUUUUUUCAAUCUGAAAGCCAUCAAGGGAGUCCUAAUGCCAUCCUGAAUACUGACAGUCCUACACAGGCUGUUGUAGAGGUGCCCUUUGAAAAGAACUGCAAAGAUAAUGGAACUUGUGUGGCAGACCUUGUGGUGGAUUUCAGCUUUAGCAAAUCAACUUUAGUGGUGGAAGAACAGAGCUACUGCAUGGUGACUAUAAAGCUGUCCAAUCAUGGUGAUGACUCCUACAACACCAGUCUAACCAUCCUCCACUCUCGUGGCCUCUCUUUCUCCAUGAUGACUCUUGUGAAGGCCUGCACCCCAGGCCUGUCACACGAGUGUGAUGGGAACUCAUAUCUGAACAGCAUCUGCUAUCAGUUCAAAACACGGUGGGAUAACAUCUCUGAAUUCAAACCGAACUUCCAAGAAUGUACUAAGAAAAUAGUGAACCUUGUUUUCCUCUUUGACGGAUCCGGAAGCAUGACACCGAGUGAAUUUGAACAGAACAAAAGAUUCAUAAAGGAUAUCAUGACAACCCUUAAGAACACCUCAUUUGAGUUUGCAGCGGUUCAGUUCUCAUCAAAUACUAGGACUGUCUUCAACUUCAAUGACUACAAAGCAGGGACGGCUUUGGACAAGCUAUGGAAUGAACAGCACAUGAGUGAACUAACCAACACACAUAAGGCGAUUCAAUUUGUCUUGGAUAAUAUUUUUGAAAACCCAACUGCUGGUGCCACUCCAGAUGCAACUAAAGUAAUAGUUCUAAUCACUGACGGAAAUCCUAGUGACACUGACAGAAAGGAUUCUAUCAAAAGAAGUAAUGAGAAAAACAUUUUCCGCUUAAUCAUUGGGGUCAAGAAUGUUGAUAUUAAAAAACUCCAAUCCCUGGCAUCAGAUCCAAAAGAGAACAACACUUUCCACAUCAAGGAUUACAACGGACUUAGUGGAAUCUUAGAAAACUUUCAAAAAAGGAUUUUCAACAUUGAAGGUUCCAAGACUAAUCAAUCUGAAAACUUGACUAAAGAGAUGUCUCAGACUGGGUUCAGUGCUGUGUAUUAUAAGAACACUUUGGUUUUGGGCUCAGUGGGAUCAAAUAACUGGCGUGGAUCUCUCUAUGAGACUGUUGGUCCAAAAUCAGAGGAAAGGGAAAUUCAGGACCCCACGUUGGACAGAGACUCCUAUAUGGGAUACUCUGUUGCUGUUGGGAAUAAAAAUAAGAACCUUCUAUAUUUUACCGGAGCACCAAGAUCUGAACACACAGGAAAGGUGCUGGUAUUCACAGAGAUUAAAACAAACUGGAAGGUGAAAGCAACAAUUGCUGGAGAACAGAUUGGCUCCUACUUUGGGGCAGAGCUGUGUUCUAUAGACAUUGACUCAGAUGGCAACACAGACUUCCUUCUGGUCGGGGCACCACUGUUUCACCAACCUCAGAGAGAGGGCAAGAUCUAUGUCUACAGGCUGACUGACAAGCUGGAAUUGAGUCUGGAGAUGAAUGUUUCAGUGCCAUCUAGGGGCAGAUUUGGCUCCUCCAUCUCCUCUCUCUUAGACCUUAAUGGAGAUGGGUUGAAGGAUGUGGCGGUGGGCGCUCCUCUUGAGGACAAUCAUAGUGGAGCUGUGUACAUCUACCUGGGUGAAAAGAUCAUGGGAAUCCGCCCGAAAUUCAGCCAGCGCAUCUCAGCCAGUAUGAUGAAGAUGCCAUCUAAUCUUCAGUUCUUUGGCCAGACGAUUGAUGGGAAUAUGGACCUGGGUGAAGAUGGAUUGACUGACAUUGUGGUCGGAGCACGUGGAGCGAUUUUUGUCUUGAGGUCCAGGCCAGUCAUCACUGUCUCUGCUAAGAUCUACUUCCAUCCAUCGGAGAUCAGCACCUAUAACUUUGACUGUCUGGCAAAAGAAGAUAUCAUUUUCAAUGUGUUCACUUUAACGGUUUGCUUUAACAAAGCGGAAGCCACACAUAGUAAUACUGGGGCGCUGAGCGCAGGGAUGAACGUCUCCUACGAGCUGAACGUAGAUCCAGUGAGGCAGAGGAGCCGAGCCUUCUACAGUGACAAAGAUAAAGAUAUUAGAAGUCUUCGCUCAACUGUGGAGCUGAGAAAUGCACAGACCUGCUUCAACCACUCCGUCUACAUGACAGCCUGUGUGAUAGACACACUAUCACCUAUAAUUGUCAAACUGAAUUUUUUGCAAUCUGAAAGCCAUCAAGGGAUACUGAAUGCCAUCCUGAAUAUUGACAGUCCUACACAGGCUGUUGUAGAGGUGCCCUUUGAAAAGAACUGCAAAAAAAAUGGAACUUGUGUGGCAGACCUUGUGGUGGAUUUCAGCUUUAGCAACUCAACUUUAGUGGUGGAAGAACAGAGCUACUGCCUGGUGACUAUAAAGCUGUCCAAUCAUGGUGAUGACUCCUACAACACCAGUCUAACCAUCUUCCACUCUCGUGGCCUCUCUUUCUCCAUGAUGACUCUUGUGAAGUCCACCAGGAGAACUCUGUUCGACUGUGGUCAGGAAAAUGAAGAGGGCAAAACCACAUGCAGUGUCAGCCUCCCUGUCUUCCGCAGUCAAACUACAGCGGAGUUCAGCAGUAAAUUCCACAUUUUGAAUACAUAUGACUGGAAUAAUACAAUGGAGAUGACUGUCAUUGGAAUGAGUGACAAUGGAAACUCAACCAGUAACUCCCUAACCAAGACUAUACCUGUUCAGUUUGCAGUUGACAUGGCAGCAAAUGCCCUUCCCAGGGAGUCCAUCACCUACAUUAACCUUACUCUGGAGCAUACAUCACCCAAAACACUGUUGAAUGUCUACCAGGUGCUGAACUUGGGGUCUAAGUCUCUACCCAUUACAGUUAUCUUUAUUUUUCCAACCAUGCUUGAGCACAAAUUUAAAAUGAAGGACUACCAAAUAUCUGAAAUAAUGAACUAUACUCGAUGUGUAAAGGUUAUGAACACAACAACAGAGUUCUGCUCUCCAGAAAAAUACUGCAAGGCCAUUGAGUGUGAAAGUUUCAUUUUGGAGAAGCAUUUGACUCUUAGAUUUGAGCUGUCUGGCAGUGUAGUCUUCGAAGACCUUGAGCAACAUGCACAGGGCAUAUCAUUUUCAAAGAAAUUCACUGGGGACAGAGAACAAGUCAAUUUCAUUAGUUUUGUUAAAGUCAACUUUGACAAAAAACGAUAUGUACAGACAUCAAGUGACCAACAGGAUAAAGGCAACUCUACAAAUUACCACCAAGCACAGAUUGAGGUUCUGGCUGAGAUGAUCAUUCCUCCAAAUUUAAAGUUCAUUAUAGGAACAGGAGUUGGAGGAGGACUCCUGCUCCUGAUCAUCCUCACAUUGGUCAUGUACAAGGUGGGAUUCUUCAAGAGACAAAGGCUUCCAGAUAAUGCAGAGGAAAAUGAGAAUGAUGUGAAACAGUGUGAGACAAAUUUCGGGGAAACUCAGUCAGAAAAAGAUCCACCAUCCAAAGUAGAGCCAAACCAAAGUACCGUGGAAGGAAAACCUCUUCUCAGCACCAGUCAGUCAGAAAACAAUGUCUUCCAGUCUAGCAAUGGGGGGUUAGGAGAGGGACCACAAGAGACCCAGGAUGUGGUAGAAUAAUUUACUAGGUCAUCAGACUCGAGGUGGUUGUGUUAUACUAACCAUAUCUGAAAUGACAUCCUUCUGUUUUUAGAGAAAAAAACAGUAUGUUUUACAGAUACUACUCUCAGUUUGACCAAGAAAGUAUGAAACAUUUAUUUUGUACCAAAUGACAAUGCAGUCUGUGAUUUUGUUGUUAUUCUGAGAUACAACGCAUUGAGAGCCCUAGACAGCUUUUAGCCAUCGAAAAUCAGCCAUAUGUUGUCAUACCAGUGAUUUAAGGUCCUGUAUAACACAGCUAUCAGAAAACCAAAAGGCCUGGUUUAGUUUUUUUAUGUCACCAGUUUUUUUGUACAACUCUCUGAUUUAAACGUUUUUAUUAGCAUCUCCUCUUUGUCUAUCAUAUGGUUUUGUGCAAAAUUGGAGCCUUCGUCCCCUGGUUAUGGAGGUGUUCUGGUUCCUUUGUUGCCUGAGAUCAUGGAUACUGGGCGAACUGUAAUAAUCUUGAGAGAAAUUGUUUUUGGUUUGCCUAACAUUUAAAUUGACCUCAGACUGCCCAGCACUCUAGCUACCUAGGUCUUGUUUUGCACACCAAUGAGAUGCUGUUGUCACAGACUGUUACAUUGAUAUUUUAUGACUUGCUAUUGUAUAUACCUAUUUACUAAAUUGUUUAUCAACAUUUAACAAUAGAUAUGAUUGCAAUAAUGGGAGGUCAAAUAUGUAAUGUGUAGAGUACAAUACUGUAAAAUACAUAUGUAGAAAUUAAAGGAUAUUUUUGCUGUUCA